GGUCUUGAAUAAGUUUUGAAAAUGUCUUAUAUGCUUCCUCAUUUACACAAUGGCUGGCAAGUAGAUCAGGCCAUUCUUUCAGAAGAAGACCGUGUGGUGGUGAUUCGCUUUGGGCAUGACUGGGAUCCUACUUGUAUGAAAAUGGAUGAAGUUUUGUAUAGUAUUGCUGAAAAGAAAUAGCAGAUUAAAGAGGGUGAUCGUUCGUCAUCCUCUUGCUUACGAGUCCAGUUGGGAUUUCGCUGCCAUAUAAAGUGAAAAAUUUUGCUGUUAUUUAUCUUGUGGAUAUCACAGAAGUACCAGAUUUCAACAAGAUGUAUGAACUUUAUGAUCCCUGUACGGUCAUGUUUUUCUUCAGAAACAAACACAUAAUGAUUGAUUUAGGGACAGGCAACAACAACAAAAUUAACUGGGCAAUGGAAGACAAGCAAGAGAUGAUCGACAUCAUAGAAACUGUUUAUAGAGGUGCUCGUAAAGGUAGAGGUCUCGUCGUAUCACCCAAAGACUACUCAACCAAAUAUAGAUAUUAAUGCUUUAGAUUUUUAUAGAAUCAAUGUUUGUAUAUAAUGUCGUUGUGUGUUUAAAUCUUUUCAUUGUGAAUAUAUUUGAACAAAUAUUUUUAUGGCACAAGUGAUGCCGUUAGCUGUUUUAUUUCAGAAAUAAACUAUCAUGUUCACACUUUUACAUGUAAA